UAAGAAGUUUAUAUUAAAAUAAAAUUUAGAAAGAAAUGCACUCACCCACCCGUCUCUGUUGCUCACUCUCAAAAUUUUAAAAACUGUUAUAAUCUUUCUCCCCACCAUAACACUCCACUUGAAACAUAAACAAAUACUUAUAAACAACCAUCUAAAAUUCCAUUUCACACCCCUUUAAAAACAUCAUGGCCUAGCUGUUUCUUGGAUCCAGAGAUUCUGUCUAUUUUUUAAUUUCACAUAACUCUUUAUUGUGCAGUAACCCACAAGACAUGAUUUGGUUCCUUCUUGUUGUUCCUCCCUAGGCUCAAAAAUCAAUCAAACCUUUUUUUUCUACUUGUGUGUUCUUUCAUUGGAGUUUGUAGCAGCAUAGUUGUAAUGCCUAAAAAUCCAUGGACCCUCUUCUUCUUAUCCAUUUUCCUUUUACUUCCAUACCAUUUUUUCCUCUCUAUUGCUGUGAACACACAAGGGGAAGCUCUUCUUUCAUGGAAGAUAACCUUGAAUGGUUCCUUGGAGAUUUUGAGUAAUUGGGACCCAAUUGAAGACACACCAUGUAGCUGGUUUGGAGUGAGUUGCAAUAUGAAGAAUGAAGUAGUACAAUUGGAUCUAAGGUAUGUGGAUUUGCUUGGAAAACUCCCAACAAAUUUCACAUCAUUGGUAUCCUUGACUAGUCUUAUCUUAACGGGAACGAAUCUCACCGGUUCGAUCCCUAAAGAAAUAGGCAAUCUUGUUGAACUCAGCUACUUGGACUUAAGUGACAAUGCUUUGAGCGGCGAAAUCCCAAUUGAACUCUGCUACUUGCCCAAGCUCGAGGAACUUCAUCUGAACUCAAACGAGCUUGUGGGAUCAAUACCAAUUGCAAUUGGUAACCUCACAAAAUUAACAAAGCUGACCCUAUAUGACAAUCAGCUCAGUGGCAAAAUUCCAAACACAAUCCGCAACAUGAAGAAUCUUCAAGUGAUAAGAGCUGGAGGAAACAAGAAUCUAGAAGGACCUAUACCACAGGAAAUUGGACACUGUUCCAAUUUGAUCAUGUUGGGCUUAGCAGAAACAAGCAUCUCAGGUUUCAUUCCACCAACUAUUGGACUACUAAAAAAGCUUGAAACAUUAACCAUUUACUCUUCACACCUCUCUGGUCAAAUUCCACCUGAAAUUGGUGACUGCACAAAUCUUCAAAAUAUUUACCUUUAUGAAAACUCACUCACAGGUUCCAUUCCAACCAAAUUAGGAAACCUUAAAAAUCUCAAAAACCUGCUACUGUGGCAAAACAAUUUAGUUGGCACUAUUCCCUCAGAGAUUGGAAACUGUUAUCAAUUAUCAGUCAUCGACGCAUCGAUGAAUUCAAUAACAGGAAGCAUUCCCAAAACCUUUGGGAAUUUAACUCUGUUACAAGAACUCCAAUUAAGUGUGAAUCAAAUUUCUGGUGAAAUUCCUGCAGAAUUGGGGAACUGUCAACAACUAACACACGUGGAGAUUGAUAACAACCUUAUAACCGGUACAAUACCUUCCGAAUUAGGAAACCUUGGGAAUCUAACAUUGUUGUUUUUGUGGCAUAAUAAGUUACAAGGUAAUAUACCUUCAACUCUUUCCAAUUGUCAAAACCUUGAAGCUAUUGAUCUGUCACAGAAUUUGUUAACUGGUCCCAUACCAAAAGGUAUAUUUCAGCUUCAAAAUCUCAACAAGCUUUUGCUUCUCUCUAAUAAUCUCUCUGGUAAAAUUCCCUCUCAGAUUGGGAAUUGUUCUUCUCUUAUUCGCUUCCGAGCGAAUAAUAACAACAUUACUGGUUUUAUUCCUUCUCAGAUUGGUAAUCUCAAGAAUUUGAAUUUCCUUGACCUAGGGAGUAAUAGGAUUGAAGGGAUUAUCCCGGAGAAAAUCUCCGGUUGCCGGAAUCUUACUUUCUUGGAUUUGCAUUCAAAUUACAUCGCCGGAGCCUUGCCGGAUAGUUUGAGCGAGCUGGUUUCACUUCAAUUUCUUGAUUUCUCCGAUAACAUGAUCGAAGGUGCAUUGAAUCCUUCUCUCGGCUCCCUUGCUGCUCUAACAAAACUUAUUCUCCGGCAGAAUCGAAUCUCCGGUAAAAUUCCGAUGAAGCUUGGUUCAUGUGAGAAGUUACAGUUACUUGAUCUCAGCAGCAAUCAACUCUCCGGUGAAAUUCCUAGCACCAUAGGAGACAUUCCGGCACUGGAAAUAGCUUUAAAUCUGAGCACAAACCAACUUUCCGGCAAGAUUCCUCACGAGUUUUCAAGCUUAACAAAACUCGGAGUUCUUGAUUUAUCUCACAACAUUCUCACCGGAAACCUUGAUUAUCUUGCCGGAUUGGAAAAUCUCGUUGUUCUCAAUAUCUCAUUCAACAAAUUCUCAGGUCACGUUCCAAACACACCGUUCUUCGAGAAGCUUCCAUUGAACGUUCUCUCAGGGAAUCCUUCUCUUUGCUUCUCCGGCAACAAUUGCACAGGCCAAGGUGGUGGAAAAUCAGGUCGCCGAGCGAGGGAAGCGCGCGUGGUGAUGAUUGUUCUUCUUUGCGUUGCGUGUGUUUUACUCAUGGCGGCGUUAUACGUCGUCCUCGCAGCAAAACGACGUAGUGACCAAGAAAACGACGUGGAGCGGAAAGAUAGCGACGGUGAAAUGGUCCCACCUUGGGAAGUGACACUGUACCAGAAACUCGAUCUGUCAAUAUCCGACGUGGCAAAAUGUAUCUCUGCUGGCAAUAUCGUCGGACACGGUCGAUCAGGUGUCGUUUAUAAAGUUACCAUGCCAACAGGAUUAACCAUCGCGGUUAAAAAAUUCCGGUCGUCGGAGAAAUUCUCAGCAUCGUCAUUCUCAUCGGAGAUUGCGACGCUGGCUAGAAUUCGACACCGGAAUAUUGUCCGGUUAUUGGGUUGGGGUGCUAACAGGAGGACAAAGUUACUGUUUUAUGAUUAUUUGCCGAACGGUAAUUUGGAUGCUAUGUUACAUGAGGGGUGUACAGGUUUAGCAGUGGAAUGGGAAACACGGCUUAAGAUAGCAAUUGGUGUUGCUGAAGGGUUAGCUUAUUUGCAUCAUGAUUGUGUUCCUUCUAUCUUGCACCGGGAUGUUAAGGCGCAGAAUAUCUUGUUAGAUGAUAGAUAUGAAGCUUGUUUGGCUGAUUUUGGGUUUGCUCGUUUCGUCGAAGAACAACCGCAUGCUUCCUUUUCGGUUAAUCCUCAGUUCGCCGGUUCUUACGGCUACAUUGCUCCCGAGUAUGCUUGUAUGCUUAAAAUAACAGAGAAGAGUGAUGUAUACAGCUUUGGUGUGGUCCUACUAGAGAUAAUUACAGGAAAAAGACCUGUGGAUCCAUCAUUCCCGGAUGGAAUUCAUGUUAUUCAAUGGGUUAGGGAGCAUUUAAAGAGCAAGAAGGACCCAAUUGAGGUUCUUGAUUCAAAGCUUCAAGGUCAUCCAGACACACAAAUACAAGAGAUGUUACAAGCACUUGGUAUUUCAUUAUUGUGUACAAGUAAUCGCGCUGACGAUCGACCCACCAUGAAGGAUGUCGCUGCAUUAUUGAGAGAAAUCAGGCAUGACCCUACAACAUCAGGUGCUGAGCCCUACAAGCCUAAAAGAUCUGAAGCUUCGUCGUAUUCUUCAUCUUCGGUGACCCCGGCUCAGUUAUUGCUUCUGCAAUCAAAUUCACAUUCCUCAUCAAUUGCUUAUUCUUCAUCCUCAACCGCAGCAGUCUACCACUCACCAAGGAACCAAUCAUGAAUUCUAUAUUGAUUGAAGCUAUUGAUUGCUGUAUUUCAGGACAUAGAUAAGAUCUUGUUAUUAGAUUUAUUCUGAUUGAUUAGUUAAUUAGUUGCAGUAAUUAACCGUUAGUGUAAUUUGAGCAUUUAUAUGUGCUCUGCGUAUUCUGAUUGAUGACAAGAUAAGGCAAAGUGAGUUGAGUGUACAGCAGCUUAGUUAAUUAUCAUGAUUCUAUUUCUUUGAUCCCCA